ACAAAUGUAGCUGCUAGGCUACUUUUGACAAUAAUGCCUUCUGCCUGUUAUUUUUCGGAAAUGAACUUGAAAGUUGAGAUCACUUUCCGAUUCACUUUUUCCCAAUUUGGAGCUCUUCGUUAUGUAAUCUUCCUGUGUUGGAAGUUCCUCAAAAAGGCUUGUGAAAUUCUGCUAAAAUAACUAGAAGUAGGUUGGGAGGAAGAACUCAGCUGGAAAAUUAAAACUGAGUAAUCUCUGACCCUUUGCUGCUACUGAACACAACGGGACAGUUCCUAAGACAACGUGUUGUGUGUGGAAAGGAGCAGAAGGGUAUCUGUGGCAGAUCUGUGGCAGAAACGAGUCUCAACUUCCAGAGCAGUUGGGUUUGCACCAUGCUCAGAGCUCAGGCCUUUGUGUUCUCCCUUCUCCUGGGACUGGAACUCCCCAAAGCAAAAGCCAACUGUAACUUUACAGAGUCCCAACGUCACUGUGUUUGUUCACUAGAGGCGAAUAACUUCAUUCAGUGCCUUCCAGCCACCACAUAUGAGCUUCGAGGAGGAAAUCUGGAACAAUUUGCAGGUUCUUCUGGAAUCAAGCCAAACUCACAGAUAAUUGAAAUUCUGGAGGCCCUGCUAGUUCGCAAGCUCAUCUUUUCAGACCUCAUUGUGCCAGAGGUUCUCGUGCCAGGGUCCCUGCAAUUUCUUUCCUACACUCAGGUCUCAGAACUUGAAUUUGUAAACUGUACUUUCCUUAGAGCCACUGACUGGAGCCUCCAAGGUUGGCGGGACCUGAAGGUUUCUUCCUUGCGCUUUCACAAAGUGACGUCUGCCCCCCUGGAUGACAGACUGAACAUGUCCCGCCUGAGAAGGUGGCUGGAGACCCUGCAGAAUCUGACAGUUACAGAGUCACAAGUCACAUCUGUCCCGUGCGAAAUUAGCAAGAUGUUCACAGCGUUGCAUUUACUGGAUGUUUCGGGAAACAAUUUCCAGGACCAAACCUUGAAGUCAACAUUCUGCGAAGGAGUUUUCCUGCAACUCCAAAUCUUAAAACUCCACCACAACAAUCUGACCUCUUUUGAGACUGUGUGCAGGACUCUAGGCCAUCUCAAGAUGCUCACUCACUUAGACCUAAGUCAGAAUAACUUUCAGCCCCGAGUCUUUUCCUCCUCCUGCACGUGGCCACAUUCACUUCAUAUUUUUAAUUUGUCCAGUACAGGGUUAGAGCAAAUAGGCAACUCUCUGCCACCCAACAUUGAGAUAUUAGACCUGAGUGCCAAUAACAUUUUUACCCUUGACUUCUCACUCCCUGCCUUGAAAGAGCUCUACCUGUCCAAAAACAGGCUGCAAACUGUUCCCUCACUUGACAGGCUUCCUAGUUUGCAGGUCCUCAGUCUUGAUCAAAACCAGAUCUCACAGCUUCCCAGCAACCAUCUCCUGCGUCUGCAGAGCUUGAAAGCUGGCCACAAUCUCUACAAUUGUUCUUGUUCCAGGGAUAUCCAGGACUUAGCAGCAAAACCAUCAUUGCUGCCUGAUUGGCCUCAGGAUUAUACAUGCCAUUCCCCUCUCAAUUACCAGGGCUCCCUGGUAAAAAAUGCACAUUUUUCAUCACUGCGGUGCAAGGCUCUGGUCACUCGUGGCUCAAUAUUCAACUUGCUGAUAUGCCUUCACCUUGUUUUUCUGUUUGCUUUCAGUGCUACAAUUUCUGGACAUUUUCUUUCAGCAAUUCUGAACUGUUGGGACUCGUCAGGGAACUAACAAGCAGAUCACAAUUGAUUGUGGCAUGAAUUAAGUGUAAGCUGCUCGACUGGGCUAGAUUGAAUCGUAUUUGUACAUUUUGUACUGUAUUUUAUGAUACUAUUUUAUGACACUGCCUGUGUGGUGUAGCGAUCAGACGUGGGAGACCAGGGUUCAAAUCCCCACUUUCAAUGAAGUGCACUAGGUGAGCUUGGGCCAGUCAUUAUCACUCAGCCUAGCCUACCUCCCAGGGUUGUUGCAGGGGAUUAAAUGAGGUGGGGCAGAACCAUAAGCUUAUUGGAGGAAAAGCUGGGUUAUAAAUGCAAUAAAAAUGCCUGCAUAACAGGUGGUAUAUAAAAACCUCAAUAAAUAAAUAAACUAGAAAAUUAGAAUUUGGGGUUGGGUAUUGAAUAUUACUGGGCAAAUGGUAUGAGUGAAGAAUUUGUAAAAAAAUAAAAUAAAGAGGGGGAGCAAGAGUAUGCUUCAGUUAGAAUAUUCCAUGUUGCUUUAACUGUAACUUUUCCCCUACCUGCUGAAACACACAUGUUAUUUUUAUUAAAAAUUAACCACAG